AUGAGAGUUGAUGAUGUAUCAUGUAAGCCAUUCGGAGGGAGUUUUGGUGUGUUAUAUGUGGUGGCAAUAUGUGAGGUGAUGGACUUUUAUUGGUGGGGUUACGGCACACUUGGAGAGUGGAGCCCGGAGGCUCGGAGGACCUGGAGGAGUGGAGUGGAAAGUGGAAGAGGAGGGAAUGAAGUAAAGGAGCCGAGGAGGUUUGGUCAUUUGGGAAGAAGACGAAGUAGUGAGUCGGUGACCAAUGAGAUGAUGAGAAGAAAGUUGAAAGAAAGAGUGAGAGAUGAGGCUGGAGGUCGGAGGACCUGGAGGAGUGGAGUGGAGAGAGAAGGAGAAGGGAAUGAAGCCAAAUGA